AUGGAGCUACCCGAGCCAGGAUCAUAUGCGACUCGCGGAUGGUCUGCGCUGAAUGACCAGGUCUCGCUCGCUUGUUCGGCUCGUUUAUUGGUUGCUGCACACGGGAGGAGCUUCGUCGACGGUUUCAUAUUGAAAUCCCAGGGCCGUAGAGGAGCGGUACUCCUGUUCAAGUCAAGGUCGGGUCCUGACCCGCUAGCUUUUAGCUUCUCCGGUUAUUCAGUAUCCUCAUUUUCGAGCCAAUCUACGGCCCUCGCCUACCCUGUCCCCUCUUGGGUAGCAUGGCAUUGCGACUCAUGA